UUCUUACUGUUCCUUCUUCUGCAGCACGACCUCAGGAGCUGACAGAAUAUGCCUAUGUAAAUGUGUUGACUCGUGGAGACCUCUCGUCUCUUCAUUGGAUUGUCUCCCCACUUCAACACUUCCACACAACUAAUCCCAAUGUUCAACUCUGCAAAGUCUAUUACGCCGCUCUCAACUUCCGGGACAUUAUGCUGGCCACAGGAAAACUUUCUCCAGAUGCUAUCCCUGGUAACUGGGCUUUGCAGCAGUGCAUGCUGGGCAUGGAAUUCUCAGGACGGGACCUGGCUGGAAGAAGGGUGAUGGGAUUGUUGCCAGCAAAGGGGCUGGCUACAGUGGUAGACUGUGACAACAGGUUUCUGUGGGAGGUGCCUAAAAACUGGACUCUGGAAGAAGCAGCUUCAGUGCCUGUGGUUUAUGCCACUGCUUAUUAUGCUUUAGUGGUUCGAGGUGGUAUUAAGAAGGGUGAGAGUAUCCUUAUUCACUCUGGCUCAGGAGGUGUGGGCCAAGCAGCCAUUGCCAUUGCCCUGAGUAUGGGCUGCCGUGUCUUUGCUACUGUAGGCUCCACUGAGAAACGCGAGUAUCUCCAAGCAAGAUUCCCACAGCUGGAUGCUAAUAGCUUUGCCAGCUCCCGAAAUACUACCUUUGAGCAACAUAUACUGCGAGUUACCAACGGAAAAGGUGUCAACCUUGUGUUAAAUUCCUUGGCAGAAGAGAAGCUCCAAGCCAGUUUGCGUUGUCUUGCUCAACAUGGCCGCUUUUUGGAAAUAGGCAAAUUCGAUCUGUCUAACAACAGUCAGCUUGGAAUGGCUCUCUUCCUCAAGAAUGUGUCAUUUCAUGGGAUCCUGCUAGAUGCAGUCUUUGAGUCGGGAAACGAAGAGUGGGAAGUAGUAUCAGGGUUGUUGACGAAAGGCAUAAAAGAUGGUGUGGUAAAGCCCCUGAGGAGUACAGUCUUCAACAAAGAAGAGGUGGAAGCUGCCUUCAGGUUCAUGGCACAAGGAAAACAUAUUGGCAAAGUUAUGAUCAAGGUCCAAGAAGAGGAAAAGGAAUAUCCUUUAAGGUCUGAGCCAGUUAAAAUCUCUGCCAUCUCCCAGACCUCCUGUCCACCUACCAAGUCUUACAUCAUCACAGGGGGCCUAGGAGGAUUUGGGCUUGAGUUGGCACAGUGGCUAGUUGAGAGAGGAGCACAGAAGCUUAUACUGACAUCUCGUUCUGGCAUACGAACUGGCUACCAGGCUAAACGUGUUAGAGAGUGGAAGGCACUGGGAAUCCAAGUGUUGGUGUCUACCAGUGAUAUUGGAACACUAGAAGGAACACAGCUAUUGAUAGAAGAAGCUUUACAGCUUGGCCCAGUUGGAGGCAUCUUUAAUUUGGCUGUGGUCCUUAGAGAUUGUAUGAUUGAAAAUCAGACCCCGGAAUUAUUCUCGGAGGUCAACAAGCCCAAGUAUUCAGGCACCCUUCAUUUGGAUUGGGUGACUCGUAAGAAGUGUCCAGACCUCGACCAUUUUGUUGUGUUCUCCUCUGUAAGCUGUGGAAAAGGAAAUGCUGGGCAAAGUAAUUAUGGCUUUGCCAAUUCUACCAUGGAGCGUAUCUGUGAGCAGCGACAUCAUGAUGGACUCCCAGGCCUGGCAAUCCAAUGGGGAGCCAUUGGUGAUGUGGGCGUCCUGAUGCAGACGCUAGGAAACAAAGAGGUGGUGGUUGGGGGAACCGUUCCCCAGAAAAUCAGCUCCUGCCUGGAGGUGCUUGAUAUCUUCCUGAAUCAACCUCAUCCAAUCGUGUGCAGUUUUGUCCUAGCAGAGAAGGUCUCUGUGAAAACUGAAGGAGGCAGUCAGGUGGAUCUUGUCGAAGCUGUUGCUCACAUCCUGGGUGCCCAUGAUGUGAGUGCUCUGAAUCCUGAGAGUUCCUUAGGAGACUUGGGCUUGGAUUCCUUGAUGGGUGUGGAGGUGCGCCAGACACUGGAGAGAGACUAUGACAUCGUUAUGACCAUGAGAGAAGUUCGACUCCUUACAAUCAACAAACUGCGUGAACUUUCUUCCAAGUCUGGGAAAGCAGAGGAGCUGAAGCCAUCCCAAACGAUGAAGACAGGCCUGGGCGAACCUUCAAAACUAAAUUUGAACAAGCUGUUGGUGAACCCAGAAGGGCCAACGAUCACCCGUCUCAAUGAUAUUCAGAGCACAGAGCGCCCUCUUUUCCUUGUUCACCCCAUUGAAGGAUCUGUUGCAGUUUUCCACACUCUUGCUUCCAAACUUCAUAUGCCCUGCUAUGGGCUCCAGUGCACAAAAGCUGCUCCUUUGGACAGCAUACAGAGCCUGGCAGCCUAUUACAUUGACUGUAUGAAGCAGAUACAGCCUGAAGGACCUUACCGCAUCGCUGGGUAUUCUUUCGGUGCCUGUGUAGCCUUUGAAAUGUGUUCCCAACUGCAAGGGCAACGAAAUGCUUCCCAUGCACUCAACAGUCUACUCCUCUUUGAUGGGUCUCAUUCCUUUGUGGCAGCAUACACUCAGAGCUACAGAGCGAAGUUGGCCCAAGGAAAUGAGGCUGCAUUGGAGACUGAAGCACUGUGUGUCUUUCUUCAGCAAUUUGUAGGCAUUGAAUACAAUAAGCUGCUGGACGUUCUUCUGCCCCUGAAAGAUCUGGAGGCUCGUGUGAAUGCUGCUGCAGACCUGAUAACUGAGACUCAUACAAACAUCAAUCGUGAAGCACUCUGCUUUGCUGCCGCUUCCUUUUACUAUAAACUGAAGGCUGCUGACAAGUACAUACCAGAGACCAAGUAUCAUGGGAAUGUGACACUGAUGCGGGCAAAGUCUCAAAACGAAUAUGAAGAAGGUCUGGGUAGAGACUACAGGCUCUCAGAGGUAUGUGAUGGGAAAGUAUCUGUCCAUAUUGUUGAAGGGAAUCACAACACCUUAUUGGAGGAAGAAGGCAUUGAAUCAAUUAUUGGGAUCAUCCACAGCUCACUGGCAGAGCCACGUGUCAGUGUCAGAGAGGGUUAAUUUCUUCAGCUUGCUUACUGUCAGUGGUGAAGAAAAUGCCAACAACAUUCCUUGACCUUGAGACCCCAAGGAACACUUCCUGUUGUUCAACAUCUCAUCUGCUCUGCUGUGAGAACUGGGAAGUCCAGCUGAACUUGAUUGGUCUCUUUCUCUCUCUCUUUCUUGCUCACCUUUUCCUUUCCAAACUUUUUAUGGAUUCUCUCUCCUCCUUCCUUUCCUACACUUUGUUUUCCCCUAGUAUCCCUGUCC